UAUUUUGAUUUGGUUCUUCUGCUCCCUCCCUCUCUAUUUCAUUUCCUGCGUCUUCGCGGGUCCUUUUGACCACCACGCUUUUCUCUCCUUCUCAUUCAUUUUCACCAUCAAAACCAUUUCAUUUCUCUCCCUUUCUCUGUCAAAACAACUCACACAAUACUUGUGAUCAUAUAAACGACUACAUUUUUUUAUCUUCUUAAUUACCUUGAGUUUUUUAUUCUUAAAGGUUCGUGUUUUCUUUGUUUCUUUAUCAACAUAUUCACGUUCUUAAACGGGUUUCAUUUCUUCUAUGCUUCUUCAUUUUCUUGUAUGUUUCUUUGUAUGAAAAGUUUUGAUCUUUGAUGCAUGCAUUGCUUUCAUCUUUAUUUACGCAUUUAUACAUCAUUUGUUAGCUAAUAUGUAUAUGUAAAAGUGUAUAUAUAGUUGGAAAUCAGUUUUCUUAUAGGUGGAGAAAAAUUUAACCAAAAAACAAGGCCAAAAUGUCUAGUUUUGUGGGUGUUAUUGUGUCUGAUCCAUGGCUUCAAAGUCAGUUCACCCAAGUCGAGCUACGCACCCUCAAAUCCAAGUUUAUUUCGAUAAGGACUCAGUCGGGUCGUGUCAAGGUGGAAGAUUUGCCGCCUGUUUUUGCAAAGUUAAAGGCUUUCUCUGAAAUGAGUAAUGAGGAUGAGAUUAAGUCCAUCUUGGGAGAGUCCUGUAGGGACAUGACUGAAGAAAUCGACUUUGAAUCCUACCUUCGGGCAUUUUUAAAUUUGCAAGCCCGAGCAAUGGAGAAAUCAGGUGGUUCAAGUAGUAGUUCUUCAUUUCUAAAAGCAACCACAACCACUGUUCACCAUGCUAUUAAUGAAUCUGAGAAGGCUUCUUAUGUUGCCCACAUCAACAGCUACCUGGCUGAGGAUCCAUUCUUGAAAAAAUAUCUUCCAAUAGAUCCAGCUACGAAUGAAUUAUUUGAAGUUGCUAAAGAUGGAGUUUUACUUUGUAAGCUUAUCAAUGUAGCUGUUCCUGGGACCAUAGAUGAACGAGCCAUUAACACAAAACGUGUCCUAAACCCAUGGGAGAAGAAUGAGAACCAUACCCUUGGCCUCAAUUCUGCAAAAGCUAUUGGCUGCACGGUGGUUAAUAUAGGCACACAGGACCUGGCUGAAGCAAGACCCCAUCUACUACUUGGAUUGAUUUCUCAAAUAAUCAAGAUUCAACUAUUAGCUGAUCUCAAUCUAAAGAAAACUCCUCAACUUGUGGAAUUGGUGGAUGACAGCCAGGAUGUGGAGGAGCUUAUUGGUUUAUCGCCUGAAAAGGUUUUGUUGAAAUGGAUGAAUUUUCAUCUCAAGAAAGCUGGCUACGAAAAGCAAGUUACAAACUUCUCUUCUGAUUUGAAGGAUGGAGAAGCUUAUGCUCACUUGUUGACUGCUCUUGCUCCAGAACACAGUAGCCCUGACACCUUUGAUACAAAAGAUCCUACUGUAAGGGCAACCAAAGUUCUUGAACAGGCAGAGAAAUUGGAUUGCAAAAGAUAUCUCACUCCAAAGGAUAUCGUUGAGGGUUCACCCAAUCUUAACCUUGCAUUUGUUGCACAAAUAUUCCAGCAUAGGAAUGGAUUGUCUUUUGACAGCAAAAAGAUUUCCUUUGCUGAGAUGAUGACAGAUGAUGCACAAACUUCUCGCGAAGAGAGAUGUUUCCGACUGUGGAUUAACAGUCUUGGUAUUCCUACAUAUGUCAACAAUGUAUUUGAGGAUGUCAGAAAUGGAUGGGUUCUCUUAGAAGUUCUUGACAAAGUUUCACCCGAAUCAGUUAACUGGAAGCAGGCUUCUAAGCCUCCCAUGAAGAUGCCAUUUAGAAAAGUUGAGAAUUGCAACCAAGUUGUGAAAAUAGGGAAGCAGCUAAAGUUCUCUCUUGUGAAUGUAGCUGGGAAUGAUAUCGUUCAAGGAAAUAAAAAGUUAAUACUAGGCAAGUUUUUCCAUCUUUAUUUCCGUUGGGGAAUAAGUAAAGGUCCAUGUUCAUUUUUAUGGCAACUGAUGAGGUUUACUAUGCUCCAACUCCUGAAAAACUUGAGAUCUCACUCCGAGGGAAAAGAGAUUACCGAUGCUGACAUUCUAAACUGGGCAAACAAUAAAGUGAAGAAGGCAGAUAGAACCUCUCAAAUGGAGAGCUUCAAGGAUAAGAAACUUUCAACCGGGGUUUUCUUCCUUGAGCUGCUUAGCGCGGUGGAGCCAAGGGUGGUUAACUGGAGUCUUGUUACAAAAGGAGAAAAUGAGGAGGAUAAGAAGUUAAAUGCAACCUAUAUAAUCAGUGUUGCUCGGAAGCUUGGGUGCUCUAUUUUCUUGUUACCGGAGGACAUUAUAGAGGUAAACCAGAAGAUGAUCCUCAUUUUGACUGCCAGCAUCAUGUACUGGAGCCUGCAACAAGGGGAGCCAGAAUCACCCCCUGCUGAAGAUAGUGGCAUUCCUGAUGGCGAGAGUGAGACAGUCCUGUCUGGUGAAGGAAACGAAGAAAACGAAUCUUGAUAAAGAAUGAACCAAAGAAAAAGUUCUUUUAAUUCUUUUUUCUUUUUCUUAAAUCUUCAGUCUUAUUUUCAAUAGAAAAGAAAUGACAGGAGAUUUAACUACAGAUAGCAGAUAUUCAGCCGCUCUUUAUGCAAGCAGAGCUCAUUCUUAAGUGCUUGUAAACUACAGAAAAGUCCUGUAAAUUUUCCUUUUUGUAAUUAGAUUUUUUGCUGAUAGGUUUAUUGAUUUGACAAAAAAAAUCAUUGAUUAUGCUGAAUAAUGUGAUCUGGGGAGGUCGGGAUGGAGAGAGUUUUUUACUUCCAUCCUUAGAAACAGAUUAUUCGACAUAUACAAAACCUUUUGUUCUUGUAAAGGUGGAGUUUCUUUCUUCUGGUUAGGAAUACUACCGGGUUCAUCCGUGUCAUUGUCAAUUAUCAAA